AUGUCUAGGUUCGAAAAAUCGCUGUACGACCUCAUUCGAGGCUUGCGCAACCACAAAGGCACCGAGAAAGAAUACAUCGAUGAGUCGAUUAAGGAAUGUCGCAAGGAAAUCCGCUCCACCGAUAUGGACCUCAAAUCCACCGCCCUCAUGAAGCUUACGUACCUCGAGAUGUUUGGUCACGAUAUGUCCUGGGCCUCCUUCAAUGUCUUGGAAGUCAUGUCCUCGCCAAAAUGGAGACACAAGCGGACAGGAUAUCUGGCGGCAGUCCAGAGCUACCGAAGAGAUACAGAUGUGCUGCUGCUAGCAGAGAACCAGCUCAAGAAGGAUAUUUCGAGCCCUACGCCUCCUGUCAUCUCGCUGCCACUGGUCGCUAUUCCGCACGUCAUCAAUCCGAGCAUGGCGAGCUCUGUGCUCUCCGACUUGCUACCCCGUCUAACGCAUUCGCACGCUGCAAUAAGAAAGAAGACAGUUGUCACGCUAUAUAGAUUAGCGCUUGUAUACCCGGAAACAUUGCGACCCGCAUGGCCCAAGAUCAAGGAAAGGCUUCAGGACGACAAUGAAGAUCCAAGUGUUACAGCCGCCAUUGUUAACGUCAUAUGUGAACUGGGAUGGCGAAGACCACAGGAUUUCCUACCGCUCGCGCCACGACUGUUUGACUUGCUUGUCGAGGGUGGAAACAACUGGAUGGCCAUAAAGCUCAUCAAGCUUUUCGCGACUCUGACCCCGCUGGAACCUAGACUAAUCAAGAAGCUGCUUCCCCCGCUGACUAAGAUAAUUCGAGAAACCUCCGCAAUGUCCCUGCUGUACGAAUGUAUCAGUGGAAUCAUUCAAGGUGGCAUCCUGGAAGCUGUAGAGGGUACGACCGAAGGCGAAGAGGUUGCAAGGCUAUGCGUUGGCAAGCUUAGGGGGAUGAUGGUCAUUGAGGGCGAUGCGAACUUAAAGUAUGUUGCGUUGUUAGCGUUUGACAAGAUCGUCCAAUCACACCCAUAUCUGGUCUCGCAGCAACAGGACGUGAUUCUCGAGUGUAUCGACGAUCCUGAUAUAUCAAUAAGAAUGCGCGCUCUGGACCUUGUAGUUGGCAUGGUCAACAGCGAAAAUCUUACAGCUAUCGUUGGACGCCUCAUGCGACAGCUUCGCAACGCGCCUAUCGCAUCCUCCGCAGAUAAUCUGGCAAACGAUCGCGCCCGAGUGACCGGCGUCACACCGUAUGCAGAGUCAGAUGACUCGGACGCUGAAGAAUCUCUUCGACAGCAUGAACAACGGUCGGAUCAACCGCCGCCACUUCCCGAGGACUACCGCACAAACGUCAUCCGCAGAAUCCUUGAUAUGUGCUCGCGUGACACCUAUUCUAAUAUCACCGAUUUCGAAUGGUACAUCGACGUACUAGUCCAGCUGGUGCGCGUUUCGCCUGCAACGAAACCCACUACAUCGGACGAGCAGAGCGACCUUGAUCAGACAGAUGACGUGGGCCACGAUAUCGGACGAGAGCUACAGAAUGUAGCCAUACGAGUUAAGAGCGUGCGUCCUGAGGCAGUUGACGCGGCGCAGUCGCUAAUAUUCGUUGACCUCCGCGAUCAAAUGUUCCCUUCUUCCGGCAACGGCGGACAAGGUGUGCUUGAAUACGCUGGCUGGCUUGUGGGAGAAUUCGCUUCCUACCUCACCAAGUCUGAGCUUGUCCUAUCUUCCCUACUGCAUCCGACCUCGUUGCAGCUACCCUCGAAAACACUCGCGGUGUAUCUACAAGCUUUCCCGAAAGUCUUCGCCAAUUUGGCAAGCAACGAACAAGUUUCAUGGACACCGGAACGAAAGACUUUGAUGUCUCUCCUCAUGGCCCGGAUCAUACACUUCCUGGAGCCAUUGUCUACCCAUCCGAAUCUCGAGGUUCAAGAACGCGCAGUAGAAUAUCUCGAGCUAAUGCGUCUCGCCUCCGAGGCUGCUUCUGGGACUGAGACUGGUAUAGAGCACGGCGAAUUCACCGAGCCUCCCCUGCUGCUCACCCAAGCCAUACCCGCUCUUUUCUCAGGAGCUGAACUCAAUCCUGUCGCACCAGGCGCUCAGCGUAAAGUACCCGUACCCGACGAUUUAGAGCUCGACACACCUAUCAAUCCCAACCUGCAAUACCUCCUGUCCCAAGCAGAACUAGAAGGCUUCGAAGCAGACGAAGACGACGUUUACGCGGCGUACACCGAAGCCCCGGUAUCCUACACUGAAGCGCAAGCCCCAACUGCGAUCUCGGCCUCAGAGCGUCUUGAUGCACCACAGAAGGAACCUACCUCCUAUCAAAACCCCACUGAAGAUGAAUAUCUCGAUCCUGACAUCAUCGCUCGACGGAAAGCAGAACGCAAAGAACGCUAUAAGGACGACCCGUUCUACAUCGAUCCCGAAGGCGAUAGGGGCAGCGGGGCAGCUACUCCGCUUGGCAGAAUUGUUCGGGAAAACAAUACAGAGCUCGACAUCGAUUCAAUACCUAUUAUGGACCUCGAGCUCGAAAAGCGCGGACCGUCGCCUGGUAGAGAAGAGAUUGCACGAGCGCGGAGCCCUCGUCGUGCGCCUCGUCGCAUAGAAAUCAUGGGCGACGAAACGCUCGGCUCAAACGACGCGCCUUCUACUUCUUCAUCGCGGGAAGACAUCGUCUCCCCACGCUUUGCAUCAGCGCAAGCUCGAGGGAAGAAGAGCCUGUUGGAAGUUGACUCUUCUGGCCUUGGCUCACUCUCUCUCGACGACGACGAUAGCUCAGGUAGGAAACUCACGCGCUUCGAGAUCGAGCGCAAGGAGCAAGAAGAAGCUGAAAUGAAGCGUGCACUUGCCGAGGUUGAACGGUUGAGGCUUGAGAUGCAACGCGCCAGUGAACGAUUGGAGGUCAAAGGGGAGACGGUAGUGAAGAAGAAAAAGAAGAAGGUCAGGAAGGCUGAGGUAGAAGGUGCGUUGUCUCAGGAGCCUACUGGCGAUGCUGAAGGUACGGGUGCAAACGGAGAGGGAGAGGGUGAAGUUGCGCCGGUCAAGAAGAAAAAGAAGAAGAAGGUUAUAGCUGGAGGCGGCGAUGCUGCGGAGGAGGACAAGGAGACAGAGGGCGUGAUGAAGAAGAAAAAGAGAAAGAAGCGGAGAGCUGUUAGUAUGGACGACGGGGCGCCGGUGGGUGCUGAGGAGUAG